AAAGCUCUAAUUAAAACUCUUUGUUUUUCCCCAUUUUAUUUCCUUUAUCUUUCACUAGCUUCUGCUUAGCUAUAUGCCAUGAGCACUCUCUCUCAAGUCUAUACAGAAUAUCCUCUCAACCUCCAACAAAUCAUCCCUCUAGAUUUUGAUUCCAUUGCCACUGUGCCUGAUUCUCAUGCUUGGCCUGACUCCGAUGGGUUUGAGUCAAAUGAUCGGUUUUCGAUACCUACGAUUGACCUCAGGGACCCUGAUGCAGCCAAGCUCAUAGGUCAUGCAUGUGAGACAUGGGGUGCAUUCCAAGUCGUAAACCAUGAUAUUUCAUUGAACUUAUUGGAUGAAGUUGAGUCUGAGGUUCGGCGGCUCUUCUCUCUUCCGACUACACGAAAGCUGAAGGCUUUAAGGUCUCCUGGUGGAGCCACCGGAUACGGCUUAGCUCGGAUAUCGUCGUUCUUCAACAAGUUUAUGUGGCAUGAAGGGUUCACUAUCAUGGGUUCUCCUACGGAUCAUGCUAAGGAACUUUGGCCUCAUGAGUAUCAGAAGUUUUGUGACAUAAUGGAAGAUUAUCAGAAGAAAAUGGAGGAGCUAGCCAGAAACCUAAUGCGUCAAAUUCUCAAGUACUUAGCCACAUCUGAAGAAGAAAUGGACUGGUUUGGUUCACCUGGAAGUGCCAGCAUUUGUUUGCAGCUGAACUCCUAUCCAUUGUGUCCAGACCCUCGUCGAGCCAUGGGUCUAGCCCCUCACACAGACACUUCUCUCUUCACCAUACUACACCAGAGAACCAGCGGUCUACAAAUACUGAAAGAAGGUAUUGGAUGGGUUUCAGUACGUCCUACCACCGGGGCACUUGUAGUGAACGUCGGUGAUCUCUUGCACAUCCUAUCAAAUGCUAGGUUUCCUGGUGUUGUUCAUCGUGUGGUGUUGAAAGAGGCUAAACAAAGGUAUUCUGUUGCUUUCUUCUAUGCCCCGCCUGUUGAUUUCCAUCUCUUUCCAUUGGCUUUGAGUUCCGGCCAAAUUCCUCUGUACCGUUCGGUAUCAGUAGCUGAGUAUGUUGGCAGGAAGGCCAAGAAUCUUGACAAAGCACUUUCAUCAAUUAGAAUUUAGUGGAAAGAAGAAAAAGCAUAUUAUUUAUAUAUUUAUGCUUGUCUUUGCGGAAAGUAAGCAGGUUUUUUUUUAUUAUUAUUAUUAAUCGGAUGUGUUUAUCUAUGAAUAAAUAAACUUAUUGAUCUAUGAGAUUUCAAAUUCAAACCUGGAC